CUUGAACACACCAUGUACAUCGUGUACUUUCAUGACUUCUGAAAUCCUACUUUCUGCGAGACAACCCUCCUCACUAUUCAUCACAGGGAUGCAUGAAACGUCAAUCCUUCGUUCCAAAAUUUAACGAUGUAAGGUAGCUAGAUGCCUAUUCAGUAUGGGAAGCGACCGACGUCGGUUGAGAAGUGGUAUGAUACAUCUUCUAAAAUGAUCAUCUCUGUAUUAUGAUCAGUUCUGCUCACAUAUGCGAUAUCAUAAUUUCAGGAUUUUAAGAUAUAGAUACACAUAAGUCUUAACGGUGUUCCCAGGAUACCUCAUUUCUUAGUAAUGAGAUAGUCUGAGUGUCAAAGGCAUCCUCUACGUACUCAAAAUGCCUCUCCAAGUGCUUAUUGUUGGCGCCGGCAUCAGCGGUCUAUGUACUGCUGUCGCACUUCAGCAAGCCGGCCACUCUGUGAAGGUCUUAGAGAAGUCUCGGUUUGCCGCCGAAGCGGGUGCUGCAAUUCUCGUAACCCCUAAUGGGGCGCGCGUGCUAUCUCGCCUGGGUUUCGAUUUCGCGAAGGCUCGAGCUGAUGAUAUGACCUGCUUCGAGGUAUUGAAUGGUGUCACGCUAGAACCCCUUCACCGUGCGGAUUUAAUCAAUGCUCGCGAGGAAUUUGGGGCGCCCCUCUAUACAGUGCAUCGUGUAGACUUGCACAACGAACUUUUGCGUCUAACCUCCACUCUGGAUCUUGAAUUGGCAUCGAAAGUGGUAGCAGCUAAUGCCGAAGAAGGCUUUGUUAUACUCGAGGAUGGAACACGGCAUUACGCGGACCUCAUCGUCGGUGCUGACGGACUACAUUCCGUUUUGAGGGGCGUAGUGCUAGGCGACGAAAAAGCGGCGAGAUCUACCCCCUCAGGAUUAAGUGCAUUCCGGUUUAUGAUACCAACAUCUGACCUACAGGAUGAUCCACACUUUCGUGAGCUGCAGGAAGUAAAAGGGAGAGGCAACAGUAUUUUAGCAGAUACGACCUCUCAGAUAGAACGACAUAUGGUGUGGUAUACUUGUCGAAACGGGCAAGUCCAGAAUUUCGCGGGUAUCCAUGGAAGUACUCACGGCGACGACGCGGAUUUAAAAUCUCUCAUGCUAAGAGAGUUUGGCCAUUACCACCCUAGUAUAGCUCGUAUCAUCAACGUGGCUCCAAACGUCACCGACUGGCCUCUUUCCUAUCAUGAUCCGCUUCCAAUUUGGCAUCGAGGGAAAUUCGUGCUAAUAGGGGACGCAGCUCAUCCAAUGCUCCCGUUUGGCGCACAGGGGGCAAAUCAGGCCAUAGAAGAUGCCGGGGCUUUAGGUGCACUUUUCGGUAAUAGAGAGUCAGUAGCAGAUGUGUCCAGUCGUCUCGUUACGUUCGAACAAGUCCGUAGACUUCGCGCAUCAAGAGUUCAAUCACUAUCCAGAGUCCGCCUCGGCAAGGAGAAAGAGGUUGAGGAUCGAGUUCGUUGUUAUGCUGACCCUCUAGGCUCCGAUGUACCGACUUCGUUCUCCGCACGUUUGAAGCAUGAUUACACCGUUGACGUAUUCGAAGUAUGCAAAGAGGCGUUAGCUCUGGAAAGACGAGAGGAUAAGAACUGAUUAGUAAUACUUGUUGUCACCCUCACUAUCGCUCUAAUACAUUAUUAGUUUAUGAGGUCUACAAGGGCAUACAAGGGUUUACAAAUAACCUGUUUUUAGAAACAAAAUAUGUAUCUGUGACACUGUUAUAGAAUAUAUUGUAGUAGAAUAGGUAUUGAUAUUCAGUCAUUGUAUUCAAAUUAAAAUAAUGGCCGACUGGGUCAAGAUGGCACAGCACAUAUUCUGGUAUGGAUGAAAUGAAAACCCGCUUUUCGCAAAACGAAGGGG